ACACGCACUCCCUUUGCUCCGAUGCCACUUGCCGUGCGUGCGCGCCUCUUGGUAUGACGAAUGCCGUAUCCAAUGGUUCAGACUGCCUCCGUACCAGCCGGCCAGACCAUCCUGGAUGUCGACCCAAAAUUAGGGGCGGCUUCUGAGCCUCACUCACCGCACUUGUAACCAGACGGCAUUGCCAGUUGGUCAUCCAUGACUUCACGGUAAUGCAACGGCAAAUAACGGCCACCGUCAGAGUUCCGCCAGAUACCGUGCCUACCAUCGCCACGGCACGCAGCCGGAUCGGCAGCCUUCCCACGGAGCAUUCGAGGCACUGCCAUUGCGACAAGACAUUCGGCACAAAAUCUAGCCUCCGCUCAAGUCCCGGAGCGUACGAAGUACGAAUACAGGAGCUAGGACACGAGGAGCCAGCAAGACAGCUCCCCCCACACAAGUGGAGGGAAACCGUGGGAAAGCAUAGCCGGCCAAUCAACGACGACGCCGGUAGAUUGACCCCACCUUGUGCGAAAUCUCCACCCGGCCGGCGAAGGGUGGGGUCGCCGACCUGCUCCGAUCCUGAUGUCCGAAUUCGCCCUUGCUUGCAGCCCUCUCACGCGGCACGCCCCUCCUCCACCAAGCAGCAAAGCUCACCCACCAUCGCUUGUCAAAAUCUCCAGCGACUUUCUCUUUCCGUCCUGACGUCUGCUCCACUACUCACCGGCAAGGAUCACGGCUCCUCUUUUUUGCAAAUCAAGGCAAAUCAGGGGAAAGAAGCACGGCAAGGAAAGAGGGGCACGAUGGGGCUGGAUGACAAGUCAAAUAGAUAACGGGUAUGCUUCCGUUCGAAACAAGACUGAUGGACAAGGCAACUGGUCAAUACAGAGGACUCCGCUUGCUGCUUACAAUGCCACAAUGCCUGCAUCACGAAUGGUUGGGGACGCACUUUUGAAUGCGGGCGGAUCAAGACUACAGCGGACAGUCAACAGAGAGUGGGACACGACGACACGAA